GGACAACAGCGCCACUUUUGAGCGCUUACACCCUCAACAAUAACACAGCGCAGAAGUUGUCAGGCAGUGGUCAAAGGAUACCCAGAGAGUUGUGCCACGACAACAAAGCCUUCAUUCAGAUGUCGAAGAGAUGGUCCAGGACAGUGCUCAGAUGCGGCGACAGGGUGCCCACGACUUCAUGGCAUGCUAUGACUUUGCCUGUGCCAAACAGGAAUCAGUCCCUCUCCCAGCUGUCAAAAUGCAUCUUCACAAAGGGAUGCUGGAUUUUAAUGGAGACAGGAUCAAAUUGACAGACUGGACACCCAUUCUCAACUGUCUCUCCAUCAACAAACACUUGCACCAUGUUGCAAUAAGCAGUACAUACCAAGCUAGCCUUGGGUCUGGGGAUGCAGAUAGAAGGUACUAUAGAUCUAGCUUCAGGAGGAAGAUCCCAGCCAUCCGUUCUAAGGACAUGACAUUCAAGUUGUGCAAGGCCCUGAGAGAGUGUCUGACAGUUUCUCCCAACCUCAAGACUCUGCAGCUUAAUGGACUUCCACUGAGGGAAAGGGACCUCAUCACCUUGACAAAAGGUUUGGCAAAAAGUGUUUCCUUAGAAAACCUAUCUCUGGCUAACUGUCCAAUCAGUGAUGAGGGUUUAGAGGUCAUUUGCCAAAGCGUUAAAUACUCUUCAACCAUCAGGACAGUAGAUUUUACAGGAUGCAGUCUCACCUGGAGAGGGGCAGAGCAUAUGGCCAACAUCAUCAAGCAUCAGGGAAUGCAGAGGCAUGGUACCGCAUGGGCAGAGUCUCUGAGGUAUCGACAACCACAAUUUGAGGGAAUGGCAGGUCUUCGCCGUGUCACCCUGAACUGUAACACUUUAAUUGGGGACCGAGGUGCUGCUGCUCUUGCAAAUGAACUGGCAGAGGACCUCUGGGUUAAAGCUGUGGACCUGCAGAAGUGUGGUCUUUCCAAUGAAGGGGCUCGUCGUUUCCUGGAAGCCUUGAAAACGAAUUCUGCUCUUUGUGUACUGGAUAUUCGUAGUAACCCUUUAGUUGACAAGGUCCUAAUUAAAACUAUAUUAGAGAAAGUACUGAUGAAUGCUGAUGGACAGUCACCAGAGUACUGCUGGAUCAAGCCUGAUGCCACAGAGCCACAGAAAGCUUCUGGUCCUCAGAGGCAUACACUUCUCAGUACAGUCAAAGGAAAAACUUUUAGGAUAGCCACUCGAAAAGGAACCUCUCCUCCAGGGCGGAGUUCAGGUGUCACUCAGUAUCAGAAGCACUAUUCCCGUGGCAGAUAUGUGCCAUGGCGUGCUGCUGCACGUGCUGAACGUCAGAGAGGUCUUCCUCCUGGAGUUACAGUGAUAGACCAAAGCUUUGAGCAUGCAGCUACUGUGAAGGUUACUGUGGAGUCAGAUUCAGAGGGAGAGGAAGAGGAGGAGGAGGAGGAGGAAGAAUCAGUGGUGGUAGAAGUGGAGCAGAAACCAUCUUCUCUCAAUCACCAGGACAGGAUCACUGGACGGCAGUUUGAAUGUAUGCAGAUGGAGCUAAAAGAGUGUCGUCUGAGGCUGGCUGAGGAGCGCAGAGCCAGACUAAAAGCAGAGUCUCGGCUCAUGGAGUAUGAGUUGGAGAACGCCCGUCUUCGUGACAACAACAUCUCCCUGUCAGAGGCGCUUGCAGCCACUGGCUCUGCAUCAGCACCACCAGCUUUCAGUGCCCUUGAAGAUGAGGCAGUCCUUGAGAGCAUUGAAAGCUCAUUCACCAAGUUCCAUGCUUUCCUGGAUCUGCUCAAGGAUGCUGGUCUAGGUCAGCUAGCUUCGAUGGCUGGAAUUGACAAGUCAGAUUUCCAUGCUCUGGGAAGUCCGCAGUUCUCCUCUACAAUUGGACCACAUUUGGACGGAGCAGCAUCACUGGCCAGUGGAGGAGAUCAUCGGGGUGUUCAGGCAAAGGAUGAUGUUUCGUCUUUGGUAGCCAGCAUCCUGCCUCCUUACCCUGGUGUUCUGGCUGACACCUCGCCUCUUAGAUCUCCAUCCUCUGUCAGGGGGUCUGUGCAUGAAGAUAGGCUGUUAGAUGUGACCUUCAAUCCAACAGCUGUACCUGCAGUAGACCCUGGUGUCGGGGCAGAAAAGGAACCAGAUCAUUUUUCAGUACUUGACGCUGAACGUGACUCAGGCUCUGAGCGCAGUUUCAGAAGCCAAAAAUCCUUUGACAGGGUUUCUCUGGGUAAAACUUUUCAGACUCAACCGAGCCACCUUAAGAGCAACAGCAACUCUCACUGCAGCGAUCCCUAUCAUAGCAGUGGUUCCCAUGGAUAUAGCUUCAACAACAGCUAUGCUCACAGUAAUGGUUCACAUGGUGACGGGUCUCAUAGCAGAUUGUCCAUAAAGUCGAGUGUAAGUGACAUUAUCAGUGACAAAGCAGAGUCUGUGGCAUCAGCAGGAUCAAGGAACAGGGGAAUGGGGAGGUUUGUUACAGUAGGUCAGUCGGGGUCAGAAGAGUCCCAGGGGAAAACCUAUCUUGGGAGGGAGACUCUGAAGCAGAUCAGAUCUCUGGGCAGUCUGGGAGGUCAGUCGGAUAUUGAAUCCUUCUGAUCACCUUACCAGGGGCAUAUAAAAAGUCUCUUGGUGUCUGUUCCCUGUUGCCUUUUCUUUAAUGUAAUUUCAGUUAGGUUGCUGUUGACUUCACGAAAUGACAAAGACCAUUAAUGGAUUUUGUACCUCUUUUCUUUAAAGAUGAGAUUUAUUUUAUCAUUAUGGGGAAAAGCGUGUUAAAGUCUUUUGAAAGUGCUCAUAACAUUUCCGUUUCCACAUUGAGAUAGAUGCCAGAAAGAACGAAUACAGUACUGUAUAUAUUUUUUGUAUUUAAGGUGUUACCAAUUUCUAUAAAAAAGGCAUUUUAAUGAUUAAAUGUGCACUUGGGGGUGUGUCUGACAGUAUGAUUGUAGAUAUCUAAGUGGCCAAGCCAACCCCACUAAAUCAAGUUUCAGUCCAAACCCUCAGAUCAAGGUUGUCCGAAUAUAAACUUGUCAGUUGGAAGCACAUCAACAUUUGAAUUUCACAAGCUGAAAACUAGAAUCUCAGCCAUGUAAUGAGACCUUUCAUUGCUUGUUUCAUAUGUAAUGUACUCUAUUUGUGUUUCUUAUACAUCAUUUUCACUUUUACAAAAGUAAAUAGUAAUGUAGGGUAUUUGUUUGAAAUUUC